AAAGUGAAGGAGACAACCACCGGAUAUAAGUUAACUACUGUCUGGCUGCACUGACAGAGUGAGUCUUAUGGUGGGGGUACUGGUGUUUCCCGUCAAUAAUAGUGUAUCAAGUGAAGCUCACAAGAUGCCUCGGCUAAAACCUCCGGUGUCGUUGAAGGAACAAUGUGUACAUAGCAUUGUCAAACACAUGGACAGUUACUGGUGCAAAGAUUACAUCCACAACUGGCUUGAUGAGAAACGACGUUACUUGUUUGUUAUUGGACCUUUUGAGGACUUACCAAGCUCCCUCAUUGAGCUCAUAAUAGAGGAACUGAACACCUCAGGCAAGUUACAGAAGCACCACCUACACCUGCUGCUUCUCUAUCAACUAGAGCGUCUGGUGCUGAGUCGCUGCACCUCAGAGUUUGGCUUCAUCAUAUCUCUAUUGGCUGUGCGAUGUAAGAAACUGCGCCACUUGGGGCUAAAAGGCCGGACUCUGCCGCGUCAAACACUGAAUGAAGUAUUUAGGUCCCUGAGCCUCCUACAGACUGUAGACUUAUCACAAACUAAUGUAACCGACCAAACCAUCAGUGUUAUUGCCUCCUCUUGUAAACACAUCAGGGUUCUGAAUCUGUCUGACACACGUGUAACAGACAUGGGCAUCUCCAGCCUGUGUCACGGGGUUAUGAGUGCUGAUAUUAAUCCUAAAGAGAAGCCAGACAUAUCAAAAUCGUUAAUCAAACUGGAUCUGUACGGCACCGCCGUCACUUACAAAGGGAUCCAAUGUGCCUUAGUAAACAUGCCAAAUUUACAAGAAGUAACUCACUCAGCAUUGCUCUAUGCUGUGGCAAAGUUAAAGGCAAGUAGAGAUACAAUGACAGAGUUGGCUCAAGUGUCUGGAGGUUCAUUACCUGAGCUUGGACCGCUGCAGUUAAGGUUCCUCCAAAGUGAUGAAUUUGGCAGUGGAAGAUUGGGAGAGUAUGGUGAUGCUCAGCUCAUCAGCCCAGCCAUUAACUUGUGUCCAAAUAUUCAGUAUGUGCAUCUGCGUGACCUUGGUAACGUUGAACCCGACAGUCUCUUGCCUCUGUCGACUCUCAAUAAUGUGAUAGAUCUUGUCUUACAAUUUGAUGAAUAUGACUUAGUGGAUUUUUUCCUUCAGAUUUUACCUUUGUUACAAAAACAUGGCGAAACCCUGCGUAACCUUCAGCUUCAGUUUGUAAACAAUAUAAAUAUUGUUGUUAUAGCGUACCUUUGUCCAGAAUUGCAAGUAUUAGGGAUACACGGUGUCAAUUCUUGCACUUGUGAUGCAGCAAAAUAUUUUUCAACGCCACAAAAUAUAAAACCUAGAUUAUGUCACCUGAAGUCCGUCAACAUCCACAACUCUCAAGAAGAAAUGGAUUUUCAAUUGCCAGCAGAGAGCUUAAAAGUUAUGCUUGGAUCACCUCUUCUGGAAAAGAUAGUUAUAGUGGCACAAGAUAACCUCACUGAUGAAAUUCUCAUUGAAAUUGCCCACACCAGUAAACUUCCUAACCUGAAAAUCCUCAGCCUGACCAUGUGCAAUAACAUUACCAUCGAGUCAAUCAGGAAUGUGAUACGUUUAAAUAACCCACUUGAGACACUCAACAUCAUUUACUGCCAAAAAAUAACUAUUGACAAUUUUCAUAAACUUCAGAAAUAUAUUAAGAUACGAAGAUUGCCUGUUGAAUUAUCUUGGUCCUGAUGUGUGUUCUCUUGGUACUCACACCUUGGGCAGGUGAUCAAAAUAAGGUGCUGUGAAAGCCAAGUAUUGUACUGUACUGUAGUGCAGUAAGGAUGAGGAAGUGAACAGUUUGAGGGGUCUUGUUGUAGAGGACAGAGUUAAUGGGUAUUGCAGGGAAAACAAGUAGGAUUGUUAAGAGUCAUAAGUUUUAUUUAAAUUAAUUUACAUUUUUAUUAGUUGGGUUGACCAUCAGGGUCUACAAUGUAGGAUUUCUCUCCAUCCAUCUGGCCAAAGUUUCUAUAAUUUCUUACUGCUCAGAGACAGACUCAUUCAUCAGACUUGGCACAAAUACAGAAGAUAAUAUUAACACAAUGAUGAAUGUUAAAAUGUUUCAUAAGAGGUAAAAGGUGGCCUGGGAGACCGGCAUACAUUAGUAAAGGUACUAUACAGUGUUGUGCAAUAUAGGUAACAUUGUGUUCAUUUUGUUAUUGAUUUAUAUUUACAAUUUAUCAGAUGUUCAUUCGUCUGCAGACACCGUCAUAUUAGAAGUAGAGGUUCAGAGAUUAUGUAGAUAGUUGAUACAGUACUUAGAUACUUCAUGACACUUGGUUACUUUAGCUCAUACUAUUUAUUUAUGACAAUAUUGAGUAUUUUCAGUUAUUCAGAUACUGUACUGUCUUAUUAUUAACUUAUAUAAACAAAACAAAUGUUCAGUUGGUGCUUGAUGAAAAUGAUGAAGUCACACAUAGUUCAGUGGAUUUUGCCUCUACCAAAAAUGAGGUCAAAUUCUUCACAAACAAGAGCUGUGAUCGUGUGAACAGAUACAGAGGGUAUCCGGCGGGGGGACAGUGGCGCAGAUUAUUCGAGACAAAUUACAACAUAAACCAACCCUACCUAACUUAAUCUAAAUGUUUGGGUAAGUUAGGUGAGGUUCUGUGGGGUUUGGACGGUUUAUGUUAUACUCAGUCGUGAAUAAUUUAUACUUAACCCCUCAUCACUGGAGGCUUGUUUGUGCUCCACUCAGUAUGCUCUCGAGAAAAACUUCAAUAUCUAAGAAAUUAAUUGCCUUAGAUUCAUUUACUAUUUAUGGUUCAAGUAAAAAUCUUAUUAAUCACAUAAAAAGAAAUUGAUUGACUGACUCUGAUUAAACUUCUGGUGAAUGUUGGCCAAAUAUUUAAUUGAGGCGCUGCCAUUGGUUGAUUCGUCCCUAUCAAUGGGAGCGCCUCAAUUGAGAGGCGAAGAAAAAUAUUUUAAUGUGUGCCAGGUUGUUGUGGUGUAGCACAGCACUGUGAAGCCAUAGUUUUAUAUGGCUCAGUUUGUUGUUCCCACCAGUGUCUUAUUCUGAGUUAAGGAGAACAUUGUAAGAUUUUUAUAUUGAUAUUCUCUUUAAAUAUUGGUAUGUGGCUUGAAGCAUCACUGAGGCCUUACUGUCUUGGUGGUUCUCGCAGAUAAUUAUGAGGUUAUAAAAGUGUGUAGCAAUUCAAGAGAGUAAGAGCAUUUACAGUGCAGUAUUGCUUAUACACCACCACUAUAGUGAUCCAAGCAGUAAAAUGUUGCUCUGUCCAAAUGAGUCAUAUUCAAAGUGUCAGUUUUAGAAACAGAGUGUUGUGUUGUGUUGUGUUGUUUGUGUUUUAGAUGUGAACAUCUCGAGUUUUUAUUGUUGCUGCAGAUUGUGUGUUAAAAAUUUUAAUUUAGAGAUCAUCUAUUUAGUUUGUUUAUCUGUAGUUCCUCAAUUAUGUAUUGUGAUGUACAACACAAGCAUAACCAUUUAAUUGUAUUCAGUCCAGUAUACAGUUUUAACAUUAGUUGUACAUAGUAUUACGAGGAGUUUUGUAGAUGAGGGUCUUGAUGUUGAGACAGCACACUACGAGCUUUAAAAGUUACAUUAUAAGGAACACUGUAGAUGAAUUGUGAUCACAGAUAAAUGGCCCGGACUCAGGGUUUCCAUCCCUUUCAGGAUUUUGAAUGUUUUAAUGAGAUCUGCCUCAUUGUGCCUUGUCUGAAGGGUUGUUAGUCCUAAGGCCCUCAGUCUAUCUUGAUCAAAAUAGAAGUAUAUUUCUC